CGCGCCCAUUCUCUGAGUAUCCUCCCUGUUUGUUUUUCUCUUUUCCCGAUUGUAGAGAGACCUCGCUCGUUUUUUUGGUUCGCACGCAGUUGCCGCCAUCACCAUUUGUCUGUUGCUGGUAGUGCUUCUUCUCAGUCAAUCCACGCCAGACUCCGAACCACUGCCCGCCGCCAUCGAUCGAUCGCUGAGGCAUGGCGGAUUGAGAGACGAGCCCGCUUACUGCUUGAAGCAGCGUGAGGUGGGCGCAGGCUUGGAUUUGAACCGCUGGAUUUUUAUACCGAGCGCAGGCUUGGAUCUGUCCCGACGGAUGUUUACCGACGUAUGUGUUACUCUUGGGUGAGUAAUGCCCUGCCUGGAACGGGGUCGGCGGAUUUGAACACACAGGAGAGUUGAACUUCGUGAGGCAUGGACCCAACCGCAUUCGACAAGAAGUAAGUAAACCAACGAGAUUUUUUUGCAAAGAGAGAGAGAGAAAGAGAGAGAGAGAGAAACAACAAAAAAUACAUCCGGGGUCACUGGUUGCGGGGAUGUUGCUGGCAUGUGCUUCGGCAGCGAAGAGGUGCAAGGCAUCUGUUCCUGAACGCGUGCUGCAGCUAUGAUGGAAUGCGAUGACUAUAACGACGUAUUCGGGAUAUUCGGCAUGGGGACUGACGAUUGCAGCGGGGUGGAUGGCUGGGGCUGGUGUUCUGCGUCCGGGAUAGUGUGGUGUUGCGAAACAUGCUCUUCGGAGGCUACGACCUGCGCGGACGGCUGUUACAACGGGUGGCCGGGCGAUGGCUAUUGCGACAGCGCGUGCAACGAUUCGGAAUGCAUUUAUGACGGAGACGACUUCGACGCCACGGCUGAGCCAGAGCCAGAGCCUGAGCCCGAGAUGUGGUGGACAACGACCGACAAGGAACUCUGCGUGGACUGCUGCUGCAACGGGUGGCUGGGCGACGGCUAUUGCGACAGCGCGUGCUACAAUUGGGAGUGGAAUUCUGACGGAGGCGAUUGCGACGCCACGCCAGAUCAAGAGCCAGAGCCUGAGCCCGAGAUGUGGUCGACAACGACCGGCAAGGAGCCAAAUGUGUGCGAAGAUGAUGAUGCCGACCUCGUUGUUUAGCCCAGCAGCCCGAUAUUUCAGGGGUCUGGUUGCGGGUAUGCUGAUGGCAUGUGCUUCGUCAACAAAGAGGUGCAAGGCAUCUGUUGCUGAACGCGUGCUGCAGCUAUGAUGGAAUGCGAUGACUAUAACGACGUAUUCGGGAUAUCACACAUGGGGCUUCACGAUUGCAGCGGAGUGGAUGGCUGAGGCUGGUGUUCUGCUUGCGGGGGAUUGAGGUGCUGCGACACAUUCUCUGCGGAGGCUACGACCUGCACGGACGGCUAUUACAGCGGGUGGCCGGGCGACGGCUAUUGCGACAGCGCGUGCAACGAUUGGGGAUGCAACUACGACGGAGGCGACUGCGACGCCACGGCUGAGCCAGAGCCAGAGCCUGAGCCCGAGAUGUGUUGGAUAAUGACCGAUAAGGAGUUCUGCGCAGACGGCUGCUACAACGGGU